AUGAGGCUCUACCGUGAUGUACAACGAGCCUGCGAACACGCAAGUAACUGGCGACUUGACGAGGAUAGCGUUCCAGCGAAACAACGUAGUCUACGACGGAAGACCGUAGUCUCAUCCGAGCCUUAUGAAACCAUUCAGCAACUCCCCUCCCCAGAACAGGCGAUGGCCUCAUUCGAGCACACGCCUCCGAAGGACCAGGACUUCCAGCCCUACACAAGGCUGCGAUUAAGGAACACCAUCACAUAUCAGCUGUGUCUCAUCUGCUUGGUACCCAAGGCCUUCACCCAAGCCGGCUGCUCGAAUCACUCGCGCGUGUUUCCUCAGUUUGCGACCUUGGGAAAUCGACUGGCAGUAAGAACGACCAUGGACACCGACGCCGUGAACAACAGCUGCUAG